AUGCGCGUGUUCCUGUUCGCGGCGACGGUAUUUUUCGCGUACAAUCUCACCGGGUCUGGUGCCGGCGCCGAGUCCAGCUCCAAAAAGUGUUCCUCCCAGUGCGACGUGAGCGCGUGUCCUAGUCCGAACUGCCCCAACGGGUAUAUCCCAGACCGGUGCAACUGUUGCCUGGUGUGUUCCCGGGGCGAGGGUGAACUCUGUGGCCGGAAAAACGACCUCCUGUGUGGGGACGGCUUAGAGUGUAGGUCCCCUAACGGUCCUAACGAGGGCCUGGCGGGGAAGCGGAGCUCCAAGCGGCGGCUGUGUCAGUGUAAGAUGGGGUAUAAGGUGUGUGGUAGCGACGGGAAGACGUACAGGAAUGUGUGUCGGAUGAAGGCUGCCAGCCGGAAAGCUCUUCAGAAGGAAAGGGAGGCCAUCACCCAAGCACACAAGGGACCCUGUCCAUCAGGUAAUAUAGGUCCUGUCCAUCCCAACAGCCCACGAUACAAGUUCAACUUCAUAGCUGACGUGGUGGAAAAGAUGGCUCCUGCUGUGGUUCACAUUGAGCUCUUCCUCAGACAUCCUCUAUAUGGUCGUCAUGUCCCUCUGUCUAGUGGUUCUGGGUUCAUCAUCAGCCACUCCGGACUCAUCGUAACCAACGCUCACGUGGUAACCGCUGCUGCCACGGUAACGGGCCGACCACAGCUCCGCGUGCAGCUCCAUGACGGGGGAGCGUAUGAGGCCACGGUCCGGGACAUCGACAGGAAGUCGGAUAUCGCCACCAUCAAAGUCAACCCUCAGAAGAAGCUUCCUGUUCUGUCUCUGGGUCAGUCAUCUGAUCUGAGACCAGGGGAGUUUGUGGUUGCCAUCGGCAGCCCCUUUGCACUCCAGAACACCGUUACCACGGGGAUUGUGAGCACGGCCCAGAGAGAUGGGAAGGAGCUGGGCAUCAGAGACUCAGAUAUAGACUACAUUCAGACUGACGCUAUCAUCAAUUAUGGUAACUCAGGAGGACCUCUGGUUAACUUGGACGGGGAGGUGAUAGGCAUCAAUACUCUCAAGGUAACAGCAGGAAUCUCCUUCGCCAUUCCUUCAGACCGGAUCAGACGCUUUCUCACUGAGUCACAGCACAAAAAACACAUAACGACAGGAGUGAAGAAGAAGCGUCUGAUAGGCAUUAAGAUGCUCACUGUCACAGAUGGUCUGGUGGAGGAGAUGAAGACGCAGAAUCCUGACUUCCCUGAUGUCUCCAGUGGAGUGUUGGUCCAUCAGGUUAUACCUGAGUCCCCCGCACACAGGGGCGGGAUUGAGGCCGGUGACGUGAUCCUCAAGCUGAACGGCCGCCCACUCAGGACCACCGACGAGCUGCAGGGGGCGUUGCUAGGCGACGGGCCCCUCCUCCUGGAGGUUCGUCGCGGCGACGACGAACUGCUUUUCCACAUAGAGCCCCACGUCGUCAUGCAGUGAGGAGGCGGAGUCAUGGACCAGGGAAAUGUAGAGUGAGGAGGAGGAGUCAUGGACCAGGGAAAUGUAUAGUGAGGAGGAGGAGUCAUGGACCAGGGAAAUGUAGAGUGAGGAGGAGGAGUCAUGGACCAGGGAAAUGUAGAGUGAGGAGGAGGAGUCAUAGACCAGGGAAAUGUAGAGUGAGGAGGAGGAGUCAUGGACCAGGGAAAUGUAGAUUGAGGAGGAGGAGUCAUGGACCAGGGAAAUGUAGAGUGAGGAGGAGGAGUCAUGGACCAGGGAAAUGUAGAGUGAGGAGGAGGAGUCAUAGACCAGGGAAAUGUAGAGUGAGGAGGAGGAGUCAUAGACCAGGGAAAUGUAGAGUGAGGAGGAGGAGUCAUGGACCAGGGAAAUGUAGAUUGAGGAGGAGGAGUCAUGGACCAGGGAAAUGUAGAGUGAGGAGGAGUCAUGGACCAGGGAAAUGUAG